UUAACUAUUUGUAUUUCGUGUAUCUUCAGUAUCUGCGGCGGAUAUUCCACUUCCGGCAGAUGGAUUUUGAGUUUGCUCUGUGGCAGAUGCUCUACUUGUUCUAUAAGCCCCAGCAGGUCUACAGGAACUUUCAGUAUAGGAAGGUAAACAAUAAACAGUUUGCAAGAGAUGAUCCUGCCUUUCUUGUUCUGCUCGCAGCUUGGCUUAUAAUAUCUUCGGCCGGGUUCUCUCUAUCGUUAUUUAUUAUAUUGAUAUUGUCUUUCAUAGAGAAGGAAUGGUUUGUGUCUACAUGGUUUGGGAAUACACUCUGGCUAAUCGCUCUUGGUUAUUAUAUUUACAUCACCUUCCUGGGAUACAGUUCUCUCAAGAUUCUGCAGAGAACUCAUCUUUUCCUCUACCCAUUCACUAUUCUGUUCGUUCUGUACAUUACUACUCUUUGCUUCAACUGGAACCUUUCCCGCUCUCUAAUGUGGUUCUACAAAAACAGGGUCCUUUAGAACCCAAGAAUACAGUUCUAAUGUGGUUCUACAAGAAUAGGGUUCUUUAAAACCCAAGAACAAUAAUUCAGUUCUAGAGAAUCCAAGAACAAGAAUACAGUUUUAUAGAAUCCAAGA